AUGCCGCUUUCUCACCUUGUGUCGGCUUUUGCCAGCUCCUUCGAAGAGGCGGCUCCAAUGCAGGAUGGCGCUGAUGCGGAGGCCCCUCCCGCUCCUCUGUUCCGGAAGACCUACAGCCUCGAUGCAGAACCCUUCGAGAUCACCAAUUGGGCGUCAGACCACCGCCUGGAGCUACCUUUCGAUGACCCUGCUCAGCCCGUCUAUCGGUGGAAGCUGCGAUGCUGGUCUUCUUCGUGCACGGGGCCGGCUUACAUUUACUCCCCAGACUACACACUGGAGGUUGCAGGGGGCAAAGCAUCCCCGCGGCUCAUCUUGCAGCGGCCGCACAAAGAACCGAACGACGAGCCACAGCCGCUGCUGCAGUUGCUUGACCAGCACAAGCUGGCUGACAUCGAUUGCUCCACGGACGGAGUCUUGACGCCAUUUUGCAACAUGUGCAUGCGGCUGGAGCCCACAGCGGUGUGCAACGAUCAGAACUUCUGCCAGCCCAGCUUGAACAACUUUACAAUCCGCACCACCUGUCCGAGACCAAAGUAUCUCACGGAAAGCGGCAGCUUGGACUUCCGAUACGUUUUGUUGCGCUUGCUCAAAGCCAACAUCAGUCAAAGCCUGCUGCGGAAACAACAGCAACACUGUCCACGCAUCUGA